ACUUCUCCGUGUCCGAGUUGCCGAGUCGCGGCUACGGCGUCAUGGAGGAGAUCCGGCGGCAGGGCAAGCUGUGCGACGUGACGCUCAAGUUGAAGCUGAGGAUGCUUAACUGCUUGCAGAAUGGCAGGCCAGAGGAGACCGUGAUGGCUCCUGUGUUCCAGUGGACCUGACCGGCUGUGUUCAGGGCCGUGAAGAGUAUGUAGUGAGAGGAUUUCUACACUUGCCUGAUCUGCCAUUUUGAUGAAACUGGGAAUCUCCUGCUUAUUCAGAUCUUGGGAAGCCCCUUCCUACCAUGCAGAAAACAUACUCUGCUGAUCCCCCUUCCUUGGAUUCCUGCAGAAGAAGGAGAGGAGAUCCCAGACCUGAGCCUUUAAAUUGGGGACCACAAAUUCAGUGCUCACCGGAUCGUCUUAGCAGCCUCAAUCCCAUACUUCCACGCUAUGUUUACAAAUGACAUGAUGGAAUGCAAGCAGGAUGAGAUUGUAAUGCAAGGAAUGGACCCAAGUGCCCUGGAGGCUCUGAUCAAUUUUGCCUACAACGGCCACCUUGCGAUUGACCAGCAAAAUGUCCAGUCAUUGCUAAUGGGGGCGAGCUUCCUGCAGCUGCAGAGCAUCAAGGACGCCUGCUGCACGUUCCUCCGAGAACGGCUUCACCCAAAAAAUUGCCUGGGUGUACGCCAGUUUGCUGAGACAAUGAUGUGUGCCGUGCUGUACGAUGCGGCCAACAGCUUCGUCCACCAGCACUUUGUGGAGGUGUCCAUGUCGGAAGAAUUCCUGGCCCUGACCUUUGAAGACGUGCUUGAGCUGGUGUCUCGGGAUGAGCUGAAUGUAAAAUCAGAGGAGCAGGUCUUUGAAGCCGCGUUGGCCUGGGUCAGAUAUGACCAGGAGCAGAGGGGGCCCUGCCUGCCUGAGCUGCUGUCCAACAUCCGCCUGCCCCUCUGCCGGCCCCAGUUCCUGUCAGACCGAGUGCAGCAGGAUGACUUGGUGCGUUGCUACCACAAAUGCAGGGACCUGGUAGACGAAGCAAAGGACUAUCACCUCAUGCCAGAGCGCCGGCCCCACCUGCCGGCCUUCAGAACUCGGCCUCGCUGCUGCACGUCCAUCGCUGGGCUUAUCUAUGCCGUGGGGGGCCUCAACUCAGCAGCAAAUUUUUAUGCAGGUGAUUCCCUGAAUGUGGUGGAAGUGUUUGACCCCAUCGCCAAUCGCUGGGAGAAGUGCCAUCCCAUGACAACAGCCCGCAGCCGCGUCGGUGUGGCUGUCGUGAACGGUCUUCUCUAUGCCAUCGGGGGGUAUGACGGCCAGCUCCGGCUGAGCACUGUAGAGGUCUACAACCCAGAGACGGACACAUGGACCAGAGUGGGGAGCAUGAAUAGCAAGAGAAGUGCCAUGGGGACUGUCGUGCUGGACGGGCAGAUCUACGUCUGUGGGGGCUAUGAUGGCAACUCUUCUCUCAACUCUGUGGAGACCUACUCACCUGAGACGGACAAGUGGACAGUGGUGACCCCGAUGAGCUCGAAUCGCAGUGCUGCUGGGGUUACAGUCUUUGAGGGCAGGAUAUAUGUGUCGGGUGGCCACGACGGUUUGCAGAUCUUCAACAGUGUGGAGCACUACAACCACCACACGGCCACCUGGCACCUGGCAGCUGGCAUGCUCAACAAGCGCUGCCGGCAUGGAGCUGCCUCCUUGGGAAGCAAGAUGUUUGUCUGUGGGGGCUACGACGGCUCUGGCUUCCUCAGCAUCGCCGAGAUGUACAGCUCUGUGGCAGACCAGUGGUCCCUGAUAGUCCCCAUGCACACACGCCGGAGUCGGGUCUCCCUGGUGGCCAGCUGUGGGCGUCUCUAUGCUGUGGGGGGCUAUGAUGGACAGUCGAACUUAAGCUCGGUGGAGAUGUAUGACCCCGAGACGGACCGCUGGACAUUUAUGGCCCCCAUGGCGUGUCAUGAGGGAGGGGUCGGCGUGGGCUGCAUCCCUCUCCUCACCAUCUAAGGCAGAGGGUGGGAUGUGGUGGGGUAGGGAUCUGGUACAAACAUAGGCACUUCCUUCCAGGGGCAGUCCCUCUCGGGAGAGGCGGUGGACCAGAAGAAGGGGUGAAAUGUGAGCUUGCCGGAGGUACAGUUUUUCCAGGUGCUUAAGUCCUUCUCACUGUGCUGCCCUUGUGACCUUCAGGCCUAGGUCAUCAAGAUGCACAGCAUAGGACAAGCCCCUCUGGGUCCUAUAGCUGGUGACACGGGACUGCUUUGCUGGUCCACACAUACACGGGCUCCAUCCAAGCCCAGCUCCCACCUGCCACAGCUCUGUGGGCCGCCGGCUUGCAGAAGGCCUUCCAUCUCACUUCUUCCUCGCCUGCUGUUCUCUAGCCAGGGGUCGGCCAGUUUGCCAUGGGGUGGCUGCAGUGGCCAAGCCUGUUGGAAACUGGGGUGUGGCUGAGAGAGGGACACGCUCCAAGUGUUCUCACUGCCUGCGGUGAUAACAGCCACAGCAAUGUGCUAGUUGCACACAAGCACCUCCUUCUUCCAUAUUAGGGCACAGAGGAUUUUUGACCUCAAUGCUGGGUAACCAGGGAGAACAGAAGCUUUCCUAUGUCUAAUUUUGGGAUUUCCAUGAGGUCUUUUUCAUCUUGUUGAGGAGUAACAGAAGAGAAAAAAAGAUACUUGAAAGAAACUGAAGGAAAUUUAAACAAACACUUGAAAGAAACUGGAAAGAAAAAUACUUUUUUUUAAGUGAACAUUUUUUGCAAGAAGAAAACAUAAACGACACUAAAGGCAAGUAUGUGUUUAAAAGGAAAAACCACCCAACGUGAAAAGGGCGGUAUCCGCUCCCACAUUCGGAUCCCAGGGUCCUAAGGCCUCGCACAGCACUUGGGGUUCCCUCUGAGCCCCAGCGUGUCUGGAAUCAGUGCAGUCUUGACUGGUCCUGUAGCAAGGUGCUCAUGGGGUUUGUCUUCACACCCACCAUCAGAGGACUUUUUUAAUUGUAGGCUUAGUGAGUUGGCAGAAUUACUGCCACUCCUCUAGGUGGGAGCUCCCAGCUUGUCACUGGAGGCUCCAGAUGCCCCUGUGGUUACCUCCCACUGCCACAUGGCACUCAUUCAGAUUCCCCAUUCCCACUUUGAUUCCUUCCUUAUUAGACCAGCAGGAAACAGCAGGUCUGGCCAGAUUCUCACUUGCCCAUCUAUCUGUCAUUCUGGGAUAGUUUUCCUCAUUGUGAAGCUUCUGGGGCACAUUGACCAUUUGUACCUCUAGAACCUAACCAGGGACUUGGUCCUUCCACCAGCCAUGGGCUGGCUUGGUCCAGUAACCUGGUCUACCCUGCCAGUCCACUACUCCUCCAUCUACUCGCCAAUUCCAGGGGUCUCGCCUCCCUCCAGCCCUUGCUAGACUGACCAGCAAGGUGGACCUUUACAUUCAAGCAAAGCUGGCUUUAUGAUAUAAAGAACUAAAGGCCGAAAGAAUCUCUUCCUGCUGCAAAGAACAGAUUUUAUAUUUCUUCCUUUGGAUCUUAGAACAUGACCUCUUGAAGAGACUUCAUGCUCCUUCUUCCUCCUCCCUGGAUGGGACCUUGAUGUAGCACAGCGGGACCCAAACAGGAGGACACUUUCUAUUACCAGUGCACUGGGCAGUGGGCUGUCCUUCAACUGCUGCUGCCAAAAUCUGGUUUUAUAAAAUUCUUCCAGUGGAGACUAAAAGAGAAUACAAUUCCUUUAAUGCAAGACUGGGUCUUAGGGUCCCAGUCUCUACCUGAUUGGUCUCUUGUCCCUUGCUGCCUGCCUGGGGUGGCCUGAAAGCCUGUUCAGAAAGGCACAACGUGGAGCCUGAGACUUCUCUCCCACCCCAGGACUGUGAGGUUUACCAGUGUGUGCAAUCACCAUGUAUCCAGAGGGAAGUACCUUUGUUACCUGCCACUUAGGAGCUGGGCCUCUGCUACACGCACUUGAAAAUGAUGUUUUUAUUUUAAAAGACUCAACAAUCUGAUACAGUUUAGCAUGGGAUCAGGGUCCAGCUCUGGCAUUUCUCACUUCCUCUUGGUUGGCCUGCAGAGGUAGAAUCGGAAGGUGGUUGGGAUCUGUGUUUCCUGUUAGAGAGAAGUCUGUCAGUACUCGUCUUAUUAUUAUAAGCCUCUUUCUUCUGCGAAUUUGAAGCAGCUCUGACGAGCCUGGAUUGUGAAAGUGUUAAGAAUCAGUCAGUGGGCCUCUCCAGGUCCUUAGGAUCCCGGCCCCCAUUUUGCUACUGGGGAUGAUAGAUCAUUUUCCGGUGGUCUACUGCUCUUGUAGUGGCCUUCCUAAGUCCACUCCCACCUCCUGGUGUAGAAGUUACACUGCUGCACCUGAGGUCAGUGUUUCCAAGUAGGAUGAAGCCAGUGCUUGGUUCGGCUCUGAGCACAAGUGAGCAAACAGCAGCAUUUUCACACUCUUCCCAGUUGGUUCCUCAGUCUAAUAAUGAAUGAAUGUUUGCAAAUGGCUGGUCUGGCCCUUGGGUGUGGGAGCCUUUCCAAUAGUACCGUGAAAGAAAGAGACAUCACCCAAGGAUACUGUGAAUGUAUAAGGAGGUAGGACAGAUAUUGUGCUCGGUGGGCCUUGGGAUCUAGCCCAGCUCUGAGCAGAGGACUGUGGCAUUCACUGUCCCUGGGCAUUUCCCCUUCUUAGAUAACACACAGAACUCUUCUGGGUUUCAUCUGAGAUCAAAGCCAGGAUGGGAGCUGAAGACCAGCCUUUUGAUUUGGCCACAGAGAUGUGACUAGGUAGAAAUUCUGCUCCUCCCCCCCAAUUUGUUGUUUCCCAGAAAAUCUUACUUCCUUUUAUUUAUAGAAUGCAUGUCUUUUGUGUUAAGAAACCAAAGAGAAAUAAAGAAUACACUCCUAA